GCGUUUUAAAAAUUGUUCCUAAUUUGAGAUAAAUGAUGCCCGUUUAGUGGCAAUCUUCUCACUCGAUUGUUAAGCGUAAGAAGCGUGCGCGUUGCUGCUUAGGACUUCCUCCUGUUGGUUGCGCAGUUGUGAUGCGGCCUUGGUUUGGCGCUCUACUUGGAAACACGCACAGAUAGGCGCGAGCGCUCAUACAGAAAUAGGGUAUCAUUUUUGUGCCGCUUCCCAGCAACCUUUGAACAGAUACGCGCAUUUGUUCAAACCCCUUUUUAGUGCCUUUUUGGGAAAGAAAACUGCCCCGUGAGGUGGCUUCCUUGCGCCAUUCCGCAGGCUGGUCUCAAAAAGUGGCCUCCAAAGGUGGACCCCUACCCACCACUGCAACCCCCCAUCGCGCAGCACCAAUGGAAACCUCCGCGAACAGCGAGACAGCGCCUCCGAAGGAAGAGGCUGACGGAAGCCCAAUGGAUGAAACCAUUCAAGUUCGUUCCAUGUGCAUCAAUUGCGAGCAAGAAGGAAUAAACCAAAUAGCAAAGCUGCACAUCCCAUAUUUCAAAAACGUAUUGAUACAUUCAUUUGAGUGUGGAUUUUGCAACUACAGAAAUAAUGUCAUUCAGGAUUUAAACACGAUAAAGGAGAAAGGAGUGAAAAUAAUUUUUAACAUUAACAAACGUGAGCAUAUGGAUAGACAACUGAUUAAGUCUGAAUAUGGGGUGUUGAAGAUUCCACAAAUUGAUUUUGAAAUUCCGAAGGAAACACAAAAGGGGUCCAUCAACACCAUCGAGGGGUUUAUGCAGACUGCCCUGAGCAGCCUCACUGAGUAUCUCAAAAAUUUGAAGCAUAUGUACUGUGAGGCCAAUGGGCUCCCAGAAGGGGCGGCCAUCGAGGGGGGAGAAGUUAGCAGUAAGAGUGAACGUGGGGAAGGCGCUCUUGAAGAAAACGCACAUGCGAUAGACCAAACCAACCAGGGGGACAAACCCGCCGAUACUAAUCUGCAGGGCCAACAAAUGACCAUCGAAAGUUACAUAAAGCUAAUCGAGUCAACUGUUCAUAAGCUGUCCACCUACCUCUUGUCGAAGGAGCCCAUCUUCACCAUCGAAAUUGUGGACCCUUCAGGACUCAGCUCCCUGGAGCACUACGAUGAAGAUGUGCAAAAAGGAAUCGUCACGGUGGAGCAUUACAAGCGAAGCAAACAGGAGUUAAACGAAAUGGGGUUUUAUGAGGAAGACUUUGAGGGUAAAAAUGAGGCGGUUGAUUUGGGGCCAGAUGGAGCCAAAGAAAAGGAAAACCACGUAGAGGAAAAAGUGAAGAAGGAAAACUUCGAUUUUAUUAAGAAGUACGUCCACAUGGGUGGCCCAUCUGGUAGUGGUGUUAGUAGCGGAGUGAGCGGCAGCGUGAACGGCAGCGCCUACGUGCGGUACGAAAACAUAAGCGCAGAGGAGGAGGGGAAGCUAAUAGAGUCGUUCACGUCCAACUGCCCCUGCUGCAACUACAUGGGCGCCAACAACUUCUGCGAAAUUAAUAUACCCGGUUUUAAAAAGUGCCUCAUUAUGUCCUAUGUGUGUGGCAACUGCAACUUCAAAACGAGCGAAAUAAAGAGCAGCGGGGAGAUCAAUCCCAAGGGGAAGAAAAUUACCCUCACGGUAAGAAGCAAAAGCGACUUAGAUCGAUUCGUAAUCAAGUCAGAUACGGCAUCUAUUCACAUCCCCAUUGUGGACCUCACGUCAGAUUACGGAACGCUUGGGGGUUCUCUCACCACCGUCGAGGGGCUCAUUCUGAAAAUAAUCGAGUCGCUGGAGGAUAAAUUUAAGUUCCUACUUGGGGAUUCUAGCACGAAUACAAAGGGGCACCACCAAGGGGGGGAGCAGCCAAAUGAUGAUGCUCUUAAGGAAAGCCAAACAAAUAAUGACGAAUCGAUCACAAGUAAAGUAAAAAGCCUCAUUGCGAAUUUGUACAAGUUGUGCAAAACGGAGGAGUUGUGCCCUUUCGAUUUUGUGAUUGACGACAUUGCCUCGAACAGCUACAUAUCAAGUGAGGACUUUUCGCACGAUGAGAAUUUAAAGGAAGAGGAGUACGAAAGGACGUUUGAGCAGAAUGACGUGCUGGGCCUCACAUCAAUGAACACGGAGAAUUACUGA